AUAGACGAAAAAAAUUCGCGAAAAUUCGUUUAAUUUCAAUAAUGAAGCAGUUGUGUCACAUAUUGCGACAACACUAGACAUGUGACUUUCACAUUGAUUAUUCAGAUCAGAAUUUCGAUUCUUUGUUGUUAUUUUCAGGUGGGGGUACAGGAUAUAUUUAAGUGGGAGGAAUUUCCCACAAUCCAAGAUGGAAAAUCGGAAUUGGUUAGAAGAAUUUCACAAUUUGAUAAAAAAUGAGGGGUCGCCAGAAGAAGUUGCUUCGGUUAUUCAAAGAAAACCUGCAGAAUUCGAUAUAGACGACAUAGACAAGGGAUGCCUUCAAGAGUGUACAGCUCUGGAGUAUUUAACAAAGCAAUUAAAAAAUGGCGAUAGGGAAAAGAAACUUAUCAAACUUCUUCUUCAAUGUGGAGCAGACCCUUUGAAAAGUCGGCCAGGGAAACAUUACACCCCAGCAUAUCAAGCUUUCUUUUGUUAUGAUGCGAGCGUUAUCAAACAAAUUCUGCAGUACAUCGAAGAUAUCAAUACUCCGUUGGAGACGCAAUAUUAUACUAACGCGUUACAUUUGAGCGUUCUGUUACAAAAAACCCCACUUUUGUCCUACUGUUUAGAAAGACGGGUGGAUAUAGAUAAGCCAAUUCACAAUGGCACUUCAGCUUUGGGUCUGGCGGUCCGUUCUCUACUAAGCGCCAGGGAGAUGGUCAUGAUGCUGCUGAAGAAAGGGGCUAAUGUGAAUCAUAAAAAUAUCGAUGGAUAUACCCCACUACACCUGGCUUUCAAGGGAAAUCCAACCACUGGGGUGAUCGAUUAUCUCUUAGCCUAUAACGCGGAUCUGAACGCGUUGACAUGCAACGGUAAAACGCCACUUUACGUCCUCCUUGGGGCAAAUCCAAACUUGAACUUCGUAAGAAGACUGUUAUCGUGCGGCAGCAAUCCCAAUUUACCUGGACCUUUGGGAGGUAAUUCUUUGCACAUCUUAGUCGCCAAACAAUCGUCAAACACUAGAUCCUUGAAGAUGGCGGAGGUCUUGAUUGAGUAUGGCGCUUCAGUAAAUUUACGAGACGAUGACGGUAACACUCCUCUGCAUCUGGCCGUUUGUGUGAAAUCCGAAAGAUUGACAGAGUUUUUGUUGAAGAAGGGAGCAGAUAUAAACGUCAAGAAUAUUCACGGUCAUGUCGCCAUGUUUUUUGCACAAGAUGCCAUGGCUAACAAUAAAUUAUUAAAGACUCUUGUUAAGUACGCAGUCCUUGAUGCACAUUUAAAACAUACCGAAAUACCCAGUCAUCACGCAGUCAUCAUCGAAUCCUCGGAACAGUUGCAAACCUUGAAGAAGUCAUGUCAAAAGGAACUGGAAAAAAUGGAAAAGUCGAAGAUACCAGGAACGAACAUUUCCCUUUUGAAAUUGCUCACAUCCAAAGUAACAACUAUUGCCAAGUACGCAAGGGAAAAGAAUACGAGAAUAUUCUUACAGAAAUUUCGAACAAUAACACUGAGGAACUAUGGAAACCAAUUGAAACCCCUGAUUAAUUAUGCAUUGAAGAGAAGACAACUGGAAGAUGAAGCUCUCGAUAAUUUCAAAAUCAUUUUCAAUGACCGGCUUACUACUCUUUGUAUGGAACAGUUAGUAGAUUAUCUAAGAGUUGAAGACUUAACCAAGUUCAGGAAAUGUAUGACGGUCUAAUUUCAGUCCUCGAAUUUGACUGUUAAACUAGACAAAAGUCUCAAUGUGCUGCCUGUGUCUUCAGCAAAAGACUUGGUUCCGUUUGUUUGAACUGUCAAGGUCGAUUUAGCUGUUCGAAAUAUGCAUCAAUUACGACUAGCCUCAUUCGUGCAAACACGAAAUUGAAGAAAUUAUUGUUAUUGUUCUGUAGGAACCUUCAGAUUAUCUAGUCUAUAAAAAAAGAGAUACAAAACUAAAGGUAGUAGGAACAAUAAGAAAUUAAAAUUUUGUUCAUUGAAUUCAGUUGACACAGUUAUUUGACCUCUUAUUAGCAUUACUUUUCUAAGUAUAAUAAUUCCAAUAUUUACUCUUUGAGAAGUAAAAAUAUAAUUGUUGUAAAAAUUAUCGAUAACUUCGAUAUGAACUUGUGUUUCAAAUAGAUGAAAUAAAUUUACUAUGGAGCGUUUUUUUAUCCAUAGGAAAUUGUUAUCAAAAUUUAUUGUGUGUCGAGGUUUUUGAUAAGCAUAUUUUAGCAAAACUUGAUUCUUAAGUGUUAUGACUUUUUAUUGUAUAUAAACUAUUGUUCACAGUCUUUAUUAUGUAUAAGUAUACAUUCGAAUAAACGUUAAUGUUGAUGAAA